CUUGGUUUCGUUCUUCUUCUACGCUUCGCACGUUGCUUAUCCUCCGCUGGAUGCUUAUCGUCAUGGCGGCCCGUGUCCUGCAGCAGUGUGUCCGCUCGCUCGCACGGCCCUCGUUGAGGCUUUGCACGGGUAACGUAGCAGUCAGAGCCGCCGCCGCUCCGGCAGUGGCCAUCCACCGACCUCUGUCCUUCGCUGCAGAGAGCCGGAGGACGCGGUGGUUCGGUCAGAGCCGGAUCUCAGUGGGGGUGUUUUGCCGACAGUAUGGCGACCUGCCCCCCCUCACCUUAGAAACCAUCAAAGACCGUGUCAUGUAUGUGCUGAAGCUCUAUGACAAGAUCAACCCAGAGAAGCUGCAGACCUCCUCCCACUUCAUGAAGGACUUGGGUUUGGACAGCUUGGACCAGGUGGAGAUCAUAAUGGCGAUGGAGGAUGAGUUUGGCUUCGAGAUCCCAGACGCAGAGGCGGAGAAGUUGAUGACUCCAGAGGAGAUUGUACAAUACAUUGCAGACAAGAAAGACGUUUAUGAAUAAUCUGUUCUACAUCUCAAAAGAAUGAAGCCCCCACAGGAAGUACCGGUGAUGCAAACUCACGCCGCUGUCCCGUCUCUGCCCGACCAUCGUUCUCUUGCAGCGACGUUUGAGUCACCUCAUGUGUAUUUAAAUGUUUUUGGGCCACCAGAGGAAUUAAAACAAAGAAAAACUUAUUGUUUUAGGUAUUUUUUUUUCUUCUUCAUGCUCCAAUGGUUCUGAUGUAUAAUUUCUCAAUAGAUCAAUAAAACAAAUACAGUGUCUCUGUA